GCUGUUUGGGCUGGCUGGGACCAUGCUUCAGAGAUUCCAAAGUUACCAGAACUCCUCCAUAGAAAUGGAAUCAUAUUUAUCUGUCCACCGAGGGAUAUGUGGGCCCGGGGGGACAAGAUUGCCCCCUUUAUUGUAGCCCAGACAGCAAAAGUCCCCACCAUGCCAUGGAGCUUGACCCUGAACUACUCUAAGAGUGACAAUAAGCCUGUGAACGUGCCCCAGGACCUCUACAGGAAGGGGUGUGUCGCGGACUGGGCAGGGGUUAAUAGGGGAAUAGAUCGGGUUUCCUGUGAUGAUCAAAGCCUGGAGGGAGGGGGAGGGAAGGGCAUCAGGAAGGCAGAGAAUGCCGACGACUUCCCCCAAACUCUUCAGACAGGAGAGUUUAUAAUGAGGAGCAGAGACGUUCCACUUCCUGGAGCUCAAUCCACGUUUGGGGGAAAAUCCGUGUACGGAGAUGGUGGCCGACAUAACCUACCGGCCGCUCAGUUACAG